AUGUUCCUCGCAAAAUUGCUUCAGCAUCUCGAACUUCUCAUGGUCUGCAUCAUCCUCACUCUUCGGAUGGGUGUCAAAGACGGUCUCGCUGUAGGCCUUGUCUAUGAAAAGAACCCCGUCAACAUGAUCUAUCUCGUGCAUGAUUACGCGGGCCAGGAAGUCCACAGCUUCGCCCUCUACUAUAUCUCCAUUUCGCAAGGUUGCCUGGUAUGCAAUCCGUUUGGGCCGCGGAACCUUCCCCAUGACCGUGGUUGCAUUCACAGAGAAGCACCCUUCAUCCGCUACAGUGCCUCUGGCACGUGA